ACUUCCUGGUGCAGCAGCCACUGCGAUGCUGCGUGCUGGGUAAGGUUGCUGUAGCAGCAGGAGCAGCAGCCUGGCGGUCAGUGUGGCAUCCACAGACUUGUAGACAGGCGGGUGUGGCGACCGCCAUUGUAACAACUGACAGAGUGGAACCCUGGCUGCCAUGUUCCUCUAACAUCGCUCUGGGAGUGCUCUCCCUUCGUCUCUCUCUCUCUCGUCCUCCCACCCUACAUCGCUCUGUCAAGCUGUAGGCGGGGUGCAGGAGGGUGUCUGCCAGCGAGUCGUGCGUCGACCGUCGUGCGCCGCCUGCAGGACGUUGCGGCACAGCGCAGCGCUGCGUCUGUCGUGUGUUGUGGUCGCCGUCUGCGCCGUGCAACUGUGCGUCGUUCCACUUCACUGCCUCCGCAGCAGUCAGGCGCAACCAUGCUGACUGCCUGUGCAGUACCCUGAACUCGUCAACAGGUAGCACAUUCCGGGGUGCCACCGAGUUCGCAAAGACAGGACCGAAUGUAGGACAGGGUGACAGGCCACCCGUACCUCGACACACGCUUUUUGACAGUCACACCCUCUUUGGAAGCUCGGUGUCAGCUGUUCGGGAAACGAUGGUGAUAUUUCAUUUUGAGGAGGUUGUCGUGUGCUUCUUUGACCUCACGACCUGGAAGCAGUUAAAACAGUUAAAGUAAUCAGACAAAGUAAACAUAAGAGGUUCUACUUAAAUUCCUCCAUCUCUCUCUCUCUGCACUCAGUUUUCCGUUGCAGUGAAAACCAACUCCGGAACGUGGACUCAUGGUGUGAAGCUCAGCACCAAAGGGACUCAUGGCUGUGUUUAAUGAGUUGAUUUUUCUUCACAGGACGAACUCAGGAACUUUUACUUACAACUUUCUGACGAGGUGCAGAUGUCAACACUAGCACUUAGUCUUCUCGUGGGAGGAGAACUUACAGCAACUCAACUGCUUCCUUGUCUCACGUUGGUGAGGAGAACGAGCGAUGAGGGGGGCGAUGACGGGAGCAGCUGGAUUAACCAGAACACGUGCACUAGCCGACUGAGGUGAGGGGUGAGUUUACCAAGUUCCCCUCUUACCUACGUGUCCUCGUUUGCUCUCGUCCCGCCACCCGACCGUCCAAGUCAGGAUAUUUUGGAGGUGUGCACGGACCGUGACAUCGUGUGUCGCACGCUAGUCACCACACGUGACAUCUGACUCUCGGUUACAGGAACUUGUGACAACUGCCAUGUAAGAGGUGGGCGGAGUGACGGCAGACGUGGAGAUCACGUAGUAAACUAUCGAUUGUGGGGAACAUAAGUCACGAGGGACAUCCAGGGAUAGCGCAGACACCUCCUCGUGCCCUCGGCGGCCAAACCUGUGGGGAAUAUGAUGUGACAGGAGGGUACAGCUGCCCACCCGACACUGCAGGUGUGUGACGACUGCUGCUGACUAACAUGGCGCUGACUUUACACCUCAAGUACGUGGAGAGCCUCCGGGGCAGGGCCGACCGUCUGGCCAAAGUCUGCUUCCGAGGAGUGUCUCACUACACAAAAAUCGUGGAAAAUGCUGAGGACUCGGCUUACUUCGACGAGACGUUCGAGUGGCCAGUGGCUCGCCCCAUCGAAGCCGAGGAGAUCAUCGACAUACAGAUCUUCAACUACAACAAAUAUCUCAGCAACAAGCUGGUGGGGACAUUCCGUAUGAUUCUUCAAGAGCUCGUCGAGGUCGGCAACAUCCGGAUCUCGGACAGUCUGCUGGACGCCAGCAAUGUGGUCAUGCAGACCAAGAUAACCUUUGAGUUGACCUACAAUGCACCCGACGGUUCUGUGGGUUCCUGGCAAACCGGUGGAUUCGAACGACUGACCAGCGACGAGUACAGACGCCCUCUGUCUGAGGAGGAGAGAAACCAGCUGAAUCUCGAACGGUCAACUACAGACCUGGAUGUAGAAGACAUGACCAUGUCCAGUCCCACGCGAUCUGAGGGCUCAACCAUGAGUCUCUCGUCAAAAUCCUCGUCCAAGUCUCCAAAACACAUCAGCAAGCUCAGCACUGUGGUCAAGAUGGCGAUGAUGAAGAAACAACGACCGAGCAACUCCAGCAGUUUAGACGACGACAACAAAACGGUGACAGGCGAAAACGACCCAGACUCGGCAGAGUCCAAUGACCUGGACGCCAGGGCAGCGGAAGUGGCGUCAAUGCUCGCGGCCACAGCUCAGCAGCUGACGGAAGAUGACAACACAAGCGAACAUUCUGGAAUAUCUAAAAUCCAUGGAACUAAAAAGUCCAGGCCAUUGACGGCUAAUGAAGACCUCAUGAUGAAAGCACAAGACUUUCAGGUCUGCGUGACUAUCAUCGAAGCCCGGCAGCUGGCGGGACUCAACAUGGACCCAGUGGUGUGCGUGCAGGUCGGCGACCAGAAGAAGUACACUUCUGUCAAGGAGUCCACCAACUGUCCUUACUAUAAUGAGUACUUUGUGUUCGACUUCCACAUCCCACCUGUGAUGCUGUUUGACAAGAUUAUCACACUCACCGCGUGUCAGUCGGGACGCAUUCUGCGCACCACCAAAGUUCUGGGCUCCUACAAGCUGGACGUAGCCACGGUCUACGCUCAGGAAGGUCACCAGUUCUAUCACAAGUGGGCCAUGCUCACCGACCCUGAAGAUAUCAAUGGAGGGUUGAAAGGUUAUCUCAAAUGUGACAUCGCUGUGAUUGGAAAAGGAGAUUCUAUCAAGGUUCCACAGAAGUCAGACAAAGACGAAGACGAUGUUGAGGCAAAUCUGCUACUUCCAGACGGAGUUCCAGCCGACAGACAAAGAGCCAAAUUCUAUAUCAAGGUGUACCGAGCAGACGGCUUGCCCAAGAUGAAUGCUGGGAUUGUUGCGAACGUGAAGAAAGCGUUCACUGGUGAGAGCAAAGACCUCGUUGACCCUUACGUGGAGGUCAGCUUCGCUGGACACAAAGGCAAGACGUCAGUCAAGAAGGGAAGCUACGAGCCGGCGUGGAACGAGCAGGUAGUCUUCACAGAGAUGUUCCCCCCGCUGUGCCGGAGGAUCAAAGUACAGCUUCGCGACAGCGACAGCGUCAACGAUGACAUCAUCGGCACGCAUUUCAUCGACCUGUCUGCCAUCUCUAACGAGGGCGAGAAAGGUUUUCUGCCCACAUUUGGUCCUUGCUGGGUCAACCUGUACGGCUCCACCCGCUACUACCAGUUGAUAGAGAAACAUCAGCAUCUCAACGAUGGGAUUGGAGAAGGCGUGUCCUUCAGGGGCAGGCUACUCAUCGCACUCAAGACAGAAAUUCUGGAUGUCCAAGAAAGUGGUCCUUCAACCGUGGAGACUGAAGCAACUUUGCCGAUAUCAGAGAACGCUGCGGGGCAGCAGGAGGAGUUCUUCCUCUUUGGUUGUUUUCUGGAGGCCACGAUGAUCGACAGGAAGCUGGCAGAGAAGCCCAUCCACUUCGAGUGCAGCAUUGGCAACGCCGGCAACGUCCUGGACGGCUACAACCCGCCCAGCAGAGGUCACGGCCACGACAGCGACGACUCUGACCAGGGCUCAGUGGCCGAGGACUCGGACGAGCCUUCCAUCACCAUGGAUACGCCGAAAUGGAAAAGCACCACCCCUCAGCGGCCAGUGUCUAGAGACAGGUGUUACUACCACCUGCCGUACUACGACGACAAGCCUUGUAUUUACGUGCGGGAAAUGAUGGAGGACCACCGACGCCGAAUGUACAACAGCAACAUCAUCGACAAAAUCGCAGACAAACUGGAGGACGGCCUGAAUGAAGUCCACGACAAGAUCGCCCAGGAAAUGCCGUUUCCCGAACGACGUCUGCGCGGAGUGUUCGAAGAAUUGGGUCAAGGCUGUUCUAAAUUUGUCUCUCUUGUGAAAGGCACGACCGGAACCAGACUGGACAAGGAGAGAAAAAACCUGCUUGUUCGUGAGAUGGACCAGCUGUCCACCCUGGCCAGGACCAUGAAGGCGACUGUGACGAAGAAUAACAAGGAGGACAAGCUGAAGGCCGGUCAACAGUACCUCAGUAAACUCCGGGCUCUGGCUGUGGAGCCUCAGCCCGCCCUUCCGGAUCUCUUCAUCUGGCUCGUGACGAACAACAAACGAGUGGCUUAUCAUCGCAUACCCGCUCGACAGCUUAUCUACUCCAUCGUCGACGAGGAGGGCAAAGAAUGUGGGCGCGUGCAAACCAUACUGCUGAGGCUGCCAGGUAAAAAGGCCAGCGGCCAGUCCGGAUGGACCAUACAGACCAAGCUGCAGGUCUUCUUCUGGCUGGGACUGUCCAAGCACAAGAAGGACUACCUCAAGGGGAUGCCCGGCGGCUAUGAGGAGACCAAGAUGCUGAAGAGCUCUGUGAAGCCGAACUGCGUGCCGCCCUCAACCAUUCACUACACCAGCCGUCAAGUGUUUCAGAUGAGAGCGCACAUGUACCAAGCGAGACAACUCAUUGGCUCCGACGCGUCAGGGUUGUCCGACCCGUACGCAUGCGUGACAUUCGGUGACCAGAGCGUGUCCACGCAGGUCAUCGACGAAACGCUGUCGCCCACCUGGGACGAGAUGCUCAUCAUCAAGGAGGUUGAGAUGUUUGGACUCAUGGAGGAAAUCUUCGAUGACCCUCCCACCAUCGUCGUGGAGAUUUUCGACAAAGACAAAGUGGGGAAGUCAGAGUUCAUAGGACGAGCCCUGUGUAAGCCCGUGGUGAAGCUGAGCACGGAGGAAUACAAGCCCCCCAAGUUCCCUCCACGCCUGGAAUGGUGGGACGUCUACCGAGGCACAGAUCGAGCUGGGGAACUUCUUGCGACCUUUGAACUCCUCCAGUUCCCUUUCCACGAAUCCGACUUGAGGCAGGCUCAGGCCACGCCCCCACACGCCAGGAAGAAACCUCCGCUGGCUCCGUUCGGCGUGACGACCGGAGAGGACUUGCCGCCCCUGGAGCUGCCCACCCUCGAGCAGGACCGCGGACCCAUCAUGCCAGUCCCCAAGGGAAUACGUCCAGUGCUCAGCAAGCACAGGAUCGAGGUGUUGUUCUGGGGAGUACGGGACAUCAAGCGCGUGCACCUGCAGCAGGUAGACAGACCGCGCAUUGAUAUCGAAUGUGCAGGACACGUGCUGUCGUCCACCAUCAUUCAGAAUUGCAAGAAAAACCCUAACUUCAGUGUGCCAGUCAAGUACUUUGAUGUUGAGCUGCCGGAGAACGAUCUGUACUGCCCUCCCAUCACCAUCCGUUGUGUCGACUGCCGGAGCUUCGGGCGCUUCACUCUCGUGGGAACCCACGUGAUCUCCAAGCUGCACAAGUUCAUGUACAUCCCCACCACGCGCCAGGCGAAAGCUGCCCUCGCCAAGAUGUUUCCUAUUAGAGGCAAAGCCCUGGACGAGCCCAAGGUGAUCACAGCAGGUACACCGCAAUCGCUCCAGUCGGAGGACGUGGCCAUCACGAUCGACGAGAACCUGCCGCUGAUCAACAGAGACACCAUCAUCACCAUCAGCGCCAGCAACUGGAAGACUAUGCAAACAGAGGAAAACAAGCGAAGGAAGAAGGGAAAUGUGGAUGAGGACGAGCCGGACAUGGACGCGCUUGACUGGUGGAGCAAGUACUUUGCCUCUGUAGAAACGAUGAUCAGGUGCCCAGACUCGGACACCACGGAGGAGCAUGGACGGGGCAAAGAUGUUUUCAGUGUAGAGGCGCUACAAGCAGAGAGUAAGAUGACCGAGAGGGAGAACCACGUCACUUCCGGCCAAACCGGAUACGGUGCCAUUCCCAAUGGAGGUGCAGCAGAGGGCGAUGAGGGAGUUCAAACACACCAAGAAACAAGAAGGCAAGAAGGAAAAGAGAGAAGUGGGAGAGAAAAAACUUUCAAAGGAACGGCGAAAGCGGUUUCGCUAGCUAAGCAGCUGUCUCCCCGAGCACAGCGCAAGAAAGAGAAGCUACUCAAUUCUACAGCGCAGCUUAAGGUGUUUCCAAACGAGCUAGAAAAGCAAGAAGAAUUUGAAGACUUCACUGACUGGCUUCACACCUUUGAACUUUACCGCGGCAAAAACACAGGUGCGGAGGGCGACACCGAUGAAAGUCGCAUCGUCGGCAAGUUCAAGGGCUCAAUGCGAAUUUACAAGAUUCCCUUGCCACCCGACAUCGAAGACUGCACUAUCACUGGAGGAGACCCGAACUAUGGGCUGUUUCAAGGGUUGCCCAGCAACGACCCCGUGAAGGUCCUCGUGCGAGUCUACAUUGUGAAGGCCAAUGACCUUCACCCUGCUGACAUCAACGGAAAAGCUGACCCCUACCUUGUCAUUCGCUUAGGUUCAAAGGUUAUUAACGACAAAGAGAAUUACAUCUCCAAACAACUCAACCCUGUUUUUGGAAAAUGCAUAGAGUUUGAGGCGACAUUCCCCAUGGAGUCGUUGCUGACGGUGCAAGUGUUCGACUGGGACCUGGUGGGGAUGGACGACCUGAUCGGCGAGACGAAGGUGGAUCUGGAGAACCGCUACUACAGCAGACACCGCGCCACCUGCGGCCUCAGCCACAAGUACGAAACCUAUGGGUACAACGCCUGGAGAGACCCCCUGAAGCCCACCCAGAUCCUGGCCAAGCUGUGCAAGGACGGCAAGGUGGACGGCCCCUACUACCAGCCUGGCAAGGUCCGCAUCGCCAACCGCAUCUUCGAGGCUUCGUGCGAGUUAGAGGAUGAAAAUGGUAGUAAGAAGGCCACAGACGAGCACCUGGCGCUGGCGGCCCUAAACAACUGGCAUGAGAUACCCAAGGUGGGCUGUCACCUGGUCCCUGAACACGUUGAGACAAGACCUCUGUACAACCCCGAGAAAGCGGGCAUCGAACAGGGAAAGAUUGAGAUGUGGGUGGACAUGUUUCCCAUGGACAUGCCGCCUCCAGGUCCUUGUGUAGACAUAUCGCCAAGGAAGCCCAAAAGUUACGAGCUGCGGUGCAUCAUCUGGAACACCGAUGACGUGGUGCUGGAGGACGACGCCUUCUUCACGGGCGAGAAGAUGAGCGACAUCUACGUCAAGGGCUGGAUCAAGGGGUCGGACGACAUGCAGUCGACGGACAUACACUACAGGUCGUUGACCGGAGAAGGCAACUUCAACUGGCGGUUUAUCUUUCCCUUCGACUACUUGGUGGCGGAGGAGAAAAUCGUGAUCUCGCGCAAGGAGACGUUAUUCUCGUGGGACGAGACGGAGUCCAAAGUGCCAGCUCGCCUCAACCUUCAGGUGUGGGACGCCGACCACUUCUCUGCUGACGACUUCUUAGGUUCACUGACACUGGACUUGAACCGUUUCCCCCGCGGCGCCAAGUCGUCGAAGCUGUGCACGCUGAACAUGCUGAAGACGGACGGAUCCGUGCCGCAGAUGUCGCUGUUCAAGCACAAGAGGGUCAAAGGCUGGUGGCCCUUCGCGGCCAAGAAUGAGGGAGACGAGGGGCAAGUCCUGACGGGCAAGGUAGAGGCGGAGUUACACCUGUUCACCAAAGAGGAGGCGGAGAAGCACCCUGCAGGUCUUGGUCGUAACGAACCAGACCCACUGGAGAAACCAAACCGCCCGGACUCCUCCUUCGUCUGGUUCCUGAACCCACUCAAGUCGCUGCGGUACAUCCUGUGGCACAAUUACAAGUGGGUCAUCGUCAAGAUCAUCAUCAUCUUGCUGCUGGCCGCCAUCCUCGUGCUCUUCUUCUACUCCAUGCCCGGCUACACCGUCAAGAAGAUCUUCAACGCCUAGAGUCGCCUACAAGACACCUGAGGAAGCUUCUAGCACCGCAGCACGUGACCUCAGUCGUGACCCCUGCCCCUGGUGAACCAAGAGGUCAAGUUCUUGUGCGAGAAUUUCUUUUUCUUCGAAGCUUGCCCACCGUACGGUUGCUGAUGGCGGCACCCAACCAUUGUGAACUGUCCUGGAGACCCGGAUCCUUUGUAGCCUUGUAAUUAGUCCUGUAGCCUCCUUUCUGUUCGUUCACAUCGUCUGCAUCCAACAGGCCACGUGUACUUGGCAGAGCGAUGAUUCCACACUGCUUGCAUCAGAUAAUAUUCUGGCAGUUACCUGGCGAGACAGAUACACUUUAAUAUUACCUUGCACGCCUGAUAUGUUAGAGUUAGACAGUUACCUUGAAUGACUAUAAAUCCUGUUAUUACUUUUAUAAACCUGUUAGCUAGUUUGACAUUUUUUUCACUCCACUGUCUCCCGGUCGAGUUCAGAAAAACAAGUUUAAGGUGGUCACACCGCGUGAAGCGGCUCCUGCAAGACUUCAAUCACCCAAACUAACAAUAAUCUGUAUGCCUGGCAAUAUUGUAAACACCCAUACACACAAGAACUAUUGUUUCCGAUACUGUGUCCGAGCUGCAAUGCCUAGUCGAGGCAUUUGUUUACUUUUGUUGUCCUUUGAGAAGGAUUCACGCAGACUUCAAAGGAUCAGCGCCCUACCAGACCCCUGGGACUGUUCCUUUGGGACUUGCUGAGAGAAUGUUCAGAGACAAGACUGCUGUUGUUUCAUGUUCUUGUAGAACGAACCGGCUUCCUGGCAAUGUGUACUGGGUUUUUUUUUUUCUUUGAAAACUAGACUUUUCGAAGGUUAAAAAUGAGGAAACGUUCUAUCUUACUUUUGUCUGUUACAAGGUCACCAAUAAUUGUACUGGAAUUACAGAAGUAAGCCUUGUAAGGACAUCAUUGAACACAUGGCUAUGCCUGGCAUAUUUGUGUGAGGGUUAUAACAAAUAUUCUUCGUGUGUCUCGUUAAAAAAAAAAAGACACACUCAAGAAAGUCAACUUUUUGUCGAAGCGAUGUAUAUAAACACAGCUUGUAAACUAAAACACCAUUCAGAACUUUGCUUCAUCAUACACAGACUUACAGUCGUGUUACCUGUCCCUUUGUGUACAUCUAGACUCCUGAGUUACUACUGCACGUGUACAUUUUAAUAAAUUAAACAUUGAGAAAUGAAAAUAUUAAGAUGAAUAUUGUAAAUUGGAGGCUGAAAUGCACGAUGCCGGUGUGUCCAAUGGUAACGGUAAACGGUACUUUAGACUUGGGAAGUUUUUUACAGUUUUUCUUUGUCUUUUCUAAAAGCUUGUUAUGUAAUACUAAACAUUACAAAAGAUCGCUGAAGUAAUAAACUACUUUUUCCUCCAAAUUUAAGGCCAAACAACGGAUGUAUGGAGGCAUAAACUGCAGGAUAAUCAGCAAUCUUUGUUUAGAAAACAAGAACAAAACACCACCGAGGCUGUUACUGAUCCUGAUGAUUUAGCUUGUCAUUAGUCAUCACUCGGGUCUUUUACUUACAUAUUGAUGCUUUGAUAAAGACAAUGUCAUCAUCAUGUCCAUAUAUCAUCAUCCUCAUCAUCAUUAUUGUCGGAAUCAGGAAACGCAUGAUAAUUGGCUAUGUAAGGCUACUGUUUGCCCGGUUUGACUAAAUUGUAUAGUCAAGUUUUUUUGUUAUACUUGAUUUUUCUUAUAUUAAUUACAAUAGUGGCAUGCAUAAUCGGUAUGACAGAUACAAGAAUUUGUCAGGAGUACAAUCAUAUUUAUAUUCUUUAAAACAACUUCUUGACCCAUUGGCUCCAAUGGAGUCAUUGGACUUUUGUUUGUUUCUAGAAAUUAUUGUUUUACAUUUAAAAUUAAUAUAUAAAUUCUUCCAUAAUAUUUAACCAUUUGUACAAUUUUUAACCAAAUGAGUUAACAAGAUUUCUAGAUAUACUUAUGAAAAACUUAUACUUAUGAAAAGUGUUAUUGAUGUUUCGUUGCUAAACAUAGUGAUUCUUUUGUCAACAAACUCGAGGCGCUCGCCAGCAUGCUUGAAUAAUUCUCUCUCCCACAACAUGACACAAUUUGGUCUGAGCGCCAUUAGAAAGAAGACAAAUGUUGUUUAUCUAAAGCCAAUAAACAAGAAAAUUUCAAUAUGUAUUUGAACUGUCGGACGCUCAACUUCACGUUUUACAUGUUAUGGUCGCGGUCACGUGACUGCACGCAUCACAGCACCGAGUGUUGUACCUGUGAGGAAGCAAGUGAAGCAUGAAGUAGUAGGUGGCCUGGACUGAGUCGGAGACAAGUGUCAUCCUCUGUUUGUCUUUGCAAAAUGGAAACAAUCUCAAUGUUUUGGUAGCACUAACAAAUGUUUGUGUCCAGCUGCUGUACAUAACCUCCAUACUGCUGUUGUUGUUUUUCUUUGAAGCUAGUAAUGAGUAGAGAUGAAAAUUUAACCUGGGGAGGUUUUUUCCUGCCAAACAAACAAUGGUCAGUGGUUCAAACCUUUUUCCCUCCCCAAGGUCCACGAAUUUAGGUUUGCAGAUAAAACUCGUGUGCUCCUGGGUGGUUGCACGUGCUCGAGUGUGUGUUUGUGUUUGUAUGCACGUGCGUGUGUAGGUACUUGCUUGCAUAUGUUUGUGUGUCUGUGUGUGCUCGAGCUACUUUUAUGAAAUGCGAUAUUUUAAUUCCAGUGGGAUUGUGUCCUUGAUGUUGGACAGCCUUUCAAUCCAGCGUCACGUGACUGCCACUGACGAUGGUGAUUGAAGGGCGGCGAGAGAAAACGACUUUUUGCUGAGGCGAGGCUAGGUACCCGCUGCUUGUUUGUUUGUCAACAAGUGAUGCUGUGUCAUGGGUAGGUACCUGGUCACAUGUCUCGCUACCUGAACGAUCUUUUUAUUGUUAUACAUCUCACAUGUUUGAUGUGCAGAUGCUGGAGUUUGGAGGUUGUGGCGAGGUCCGACAUGUACAUAGCUCUCAGCCCUGUUGUACAUAAUGUUUCACUGUUUGGAAGCUUUCCUUCUCAUUCUGUGAUAUGCACAUUCCAACAAUGUACAGAACUUAUUGUCCUCUGUAGGCACAAGAGUAAGUACAGCAGAUUAUCUGCUUUCAAAGGUUUCUCGCGCGACUUUGUUUUGUUUUCUCUGUUUAGUCAGGCGUGACGAGUUGGUCUCGCGUGAUUUGUCAGGUGUGACAAGGUGGUCAGGUUUGUCAGGUUUGUCAGGUUUGUCAGGUUUGUCAGAGUGGUCUCAACUAGUUUGUUCCGUGAAGACUUUUAGUCUGAACGGCUGAGCUGUGCACUCACAAUUUUUAACGUGCCAGCUCGCUCGCAAAAUCUUCAAUAUUUGUCAUAAAUAAUACAAAAAUCAUUGUUGUUCAAGUAGUUAGAAUAUUGGAGACUGUGCAACACCUGCUUUGUUGUUUUAUUUUGUUGGGUUGAUUAAUAACCAAGGCACUCGGCAACCUAUCGCUGCUUAACUGACAGCACUUGCUGAAUGUUUGCAAAUCAGUUGCUGACUGGUUUUGAACCUGCUCACUCUCUCUCACACUCACACACACACACACACAAACACACUCACACACACACACUCACAAACACACUCACACACCACAACGAUACCCAAACUUUGCAACUCAUGUUUCUCCCCCUUUCACACACCAACACCAGACUUUCAGCUCAAUUUACUUACAAAGAUUACUCAGACCGUAAACCUUAUAAAGUAGUGCAAUAAAGAAGUACUUUACUC